GGAGCCGGGUUGGGGCCGCCGCCGCCGCUGCUCGGCAUGGGGCCGGCCGGGCUCCGCCGUGGGCGCGGUGAGGACGCGCGGGGCCGAGGAGGGCGCCUCGGAGUUCUAGCUGAAGUCCCUCUUGCUUUGAGAAGCAGAAUGACUGCUCAGUCUUGAGGAGCGAGCACAGAAGGUCUGCCAGCGCGCCCUUCCCAAGGUGCGUGCUGAAGAUGGUGCAGAAAUACCAGUCCCCAGUUCGAGUCUACAAAUACCCUUUUGAGCUCGUCAUGGCAGCCUAUGAAAAGCGCUUUCCUACGUGUCCGGAGAUCCCAGUCUUCCUAGGAAGUGAAAUCCUGCAUGAAUCCAAAAGCGACGAUGGGGCUAUCCAUAUCAUUGAGCGGAGCUGCAAACUGAACGUGGACGCUCCUAGGCUGCUAAAGAAGAUUGCAGGGGUGGAGUACGUGUUCUUCAUACAGAAAAACACAGUGAACUGGAAGGAGCGAACUCUCCGCAUUGAAGCCCACAAUGAGACCUUUGCCAACCGUGUUGUCGUCCUCGAGACGUGCAGCUACUCAGUUCACCCUGAGAACGAGGAGUGGACGUGCUUUGAGCAGUCUGCAUCUCUGGACAUCAAGUCCUUUUUUGGCUUUGAAAGCACGGUGGAGAAAAUUGCCAUGAAACAGUACACGUCCAACAUCAAACGGGGCAAGGAAGUAAUUGAGCACUACCUGAAGGAGCUGAUCUCCCAAGGAAUCACGUUCAUCCCUCGUUGGACGCCUCCUGUGGCACACGGACAGAAGGCAGAGCAAGCCCCGGCCUCCAGCCAUGACACCAAUGAUGCUCCACUCGAGUCUGGGGCUCACGGAGCUACCAAAGAGCAAACAGGCAGCUCCUGCCCCCCAGCAGAACCCGUCAGCCCCGAUGCUGACAAAUUGGAUGCUGAUUACAUUGAGAGAUAUCUGGGCCAGCUGACUCCAAUGCAAGAGAGCUGCUUGAUCCGGCUUAGGCAGUGGCUUCAAGAAACUCACAAAGGCAAGAUCCCCAAAGAUGAACACAUCCUUCGAUUCCUGCGGGCUCGGGACUUCAACAUUGACAAGGCUCGGGAGAUGCUGUGCCAGUCACUGUCCUGGAGAAAGCAGUACCAGGUGGACUACAUCCUCCAGUCCUGGAGGCCCCCUGCCCUGCUGGAUGAGUACUACACCGGAGGGUGGCAUUAUCAAGACAGAGAUGGGCGACCACUCUACAUCCUUCGUCUCGGCCAGAUGGACACAAAAGGUUUGGUGAAAGCCCUGGGAGAAGAGUCACUGCUGCGACAUGUUCUGUCAAUUAAUGAAGAAGGACAAAAGAGAUGUGAGGAGAACACCAACCUCUUUGGGCGCCCCAUCACGUCCUGGACGUGUCUGGUGGACUUGGAAGGGCUGAAUAUGCGGCACCUCUGGCGGCCUGGAGUGAAGGCCCUGCUUCGGAUUAUUGAGGUUGUAGAGGACAACUACCCCGAAACUCUGGGCCGACUGCUGAUAGUGCGAGCACCCAGAGUUUUUCCCGUGCUGUGGACUCUGGUCAGUCCGUUUAUCAAUGAGAACACGAGGCAGAAGUUCCUUAUUUACAGUGGGAAUAACUACCAGGGUCCAGGAGGGCUGGUAGACUACGUAGACAAAGAGGUGAUCCCAGACUUCCUAGGAGGGGACUGCAUGUGUACUGUUCCAGAGGGUGGGCUCGUUCCCAAGUCGCUUUAUCAAACGGAUGAAGAGCCAGAGAAUGCAGAUCACAUCCGGCUGUGGACAGAAACUAUCUAUCAUUCUGCAAGCGUCCUCAGAGGAGCUCCACACGAGAUAGUUGUGGAGAUUUUGGAAGGGGAGUCUGUGAUCACCUGGGACUUCGACAUCCUGAAGGGAGAUGUGGUGUUCAGCCUCUUCCACUCCAAAAGGGCUCCGGAAACAGGUCAUAAAGAAGCCACGUUACCGAGUAGCUCAGCUGCUGGGGACAACGUGCAGCUGAUUGAUAAGACGUGGGUGCUUGGAGUGGAUUACAGCCGCAUGGAAUCUCCACUGGUCUGCCGGGAAGGAGAGAGCAUCCAGGGGUCCCACGUGACUCGCUGGCCUGGAUUCUACAUUCUCCAGUGGAAAAUGCACGGUCCCCUGCCCUGCUCUGGCUCCAGCCUCCCUCGGGUGGAUGAUGUUCUCGCCUCUCUGCAAGUUUCCAGUCACAAGUGCAAGCUCAUAUACUACUACGAGGUGCUUGCAUCCAAGGACUUCAGGGGAUCCAUGUCAAGCCUGGAAUCUUGCAACAGCGGAUUUUCCCAGCUGAGCGGAGUCACGACAUCUUCCAGCCAGUCCCAGAGCAGCUCCCAUCUGUCCAGAUAGCAGAGCUGAGGCUUCACCACAAAGAAACAUUGCUCAGGGCUUCCUGGCCGCCCCGGAGCUGCUCUGUGCACCAAACCAAAGAGCCUGCAGGGGCUGAGCCGUGGGGCAGGCGCUGUGCGACCACAGGCAGCAGCCACUGCACAGCGAGAGGCUUCUGUUCCCGGCAGGGGACUCAGCGCUGAAGCAGCAGGUGUAGUUUUCUAUCAGAUGCCUGCUCCUCGGUAGAAUAUUUCUCAAGUUGUGUUUUUGGAUGAAUGUCAGUUUGCAUGAAUUGGUGUAUCGCUCGACUCUCAAGGGCUCCUUCCAAUCAGUCCUUUUCCCUCGCGCAGUAGAGGAGACUGAUGUUGCCUUAUCUGAUUGGUCUGUAGGACUAGAUUAAUUCACCUGUAGCAAAAUUAAUCUCGUUUUCUGAGUGCCCAGGGUACCAAUUGCUCGUCAGAGGGUAAAGCGGGCAUUUCAGGUGCAGGGACUUGAAGCAAACUGUAAAUACUUUAAUACGGAUAGGGUAUUUUAGAGACGAGAUCCAGGUCAAACCUAAAACCUCUCCCUAUCUGACGGGAUGCUAUUAGGAAAUGUGUUGGAUUUUUUUUUUUUUAACCCACUGAGACACAAAAGUCAAAGCUGUUCUCUAGAAAGCAGGGGCAGAGACCCUGCCACCAUCAGCAGCAUCCCUCCUAAGGAUACCUUUCCUGUUUCCUCAGGUUUACAAGCAAUAAUAGGUGGAUGUGACCCAUCUCAGCAGGGUAGAUGGGAGCCGAAUCAAAUGAUCAAGGGCUAAGAAAAGCAAUAUUUUAUUUCCCGAAGGCACAAAAUGUUAUGGCAGUAUUAUAGAGGUCUUUAAAACAUGGACUGACUUGAAAACUGCAGAGAGGGGGACAGAGAACGGCAUGUAUGUACUUGAGCGCUUACUGAAACGUAUUUAUUCACAGAAUAGCUUCUUUUAAGUUCACUUUUAACUUAUUUAUAAUUUGAAAAAUGAGUAUUUAUUAAAUCUAAUUGCCUUUUUUUUUGGUGGGGGGGGGGGGGGGGAUGAACUUCGUUUUAGAAAGGAAUGAGUGAUGAUUGAAUGCUCAGAUGCAUCUCCUCCUGAUCCUCGUGGCUGCUGGACGCUCGCGGUGCAAAGGGUGUUAUGUUGGCUGUAUGUAUGCACUGCUUGCCUGCAAGGUUCAGACAGAGCCCAAAGCUGCUUGGGCUGUAGGGGAAUGCUUCCCAGGGCUAAGAAGUGCUGUGUGGAGGAGCUGUGAGGUGCUGCUGGGCUUGGGGCAGGGUUGAAGCAGCCUGUGGUGGUGUAUCUUCUUCCAGCACAGCAACUCAGGUAUCCAUGGCCACGUUUCUCUGUUCAGCCCAUCUUUCUUCCUCUCUCGCUGAGGUUUUUCAUAAGGUUGAAGAACAUUUGCAGGUGAGAAGGUGCACGUAGAGCAAUUCCUUCUAACCCUGCUUCUUUAACCGGUGGUUUUGAAGCACAACGACAAAAAGAGAGCCCCAGUAAUCGGAACAAAAGAAGGUGAUGUGCUCAUGUGAGCUGCGUGGAUCAGGUAACCCAGUUCUGCAGCUCCUGGGGCAGUUCCAAUGGCCGGGAGUUCCCCAGCUGCUCUGCACACUCCACCAUUUCUCCCACAUGAAUUCAACACCUGUGUCUGGGAUUUCAGCACGACUGCAGUCUGACACGGAGGGCACAGCACUGCCUUUGCUCUGGAGGAUGAGGAGUCCUGGAAUUCAAAGUGCACGCGUGCAUCCUGAACGUGAAACCCUGCCAUUAGUUCAGGUGCUGGAAACACAAAUUCAAACUGAUUCCUAAAGCACGGUGAGCAAACCCAGCCCUUCCCUCUCUGUGCUGUUUUGGGAUCUCAGCUUUUUAUGGCAGGUUGGUCCCAUCCCAUAGCAGUAACAUCCCUGUUUUCUGGAUUUCCAUCCGCUUGCUCUGGUUGAGAAUCUUCUCCAUUACGCUGGGUCCAUUUAACUUUAAAAUGGGGCACGCGCUGUUCUCCUCCCACCUGUAAAAGCUUUGGGUGCUUGGCUCUUGCCAGGGGAGGUCCCUGAUGAGCUGGGCAGAGGUGGAGGGCUACUCCUGCAUUGCUCUCUCCUGAACCGAGACCUCAGCUCAGUUGAGAUUGAGUUCUGGAUUCUCUUCCCGGUGGCUCCUUGCAGGUCCUACAAGCCAGGACCUGGGAAGGGAGCUGGUGAUGCAGCAGGGCUUGGGCUGCGUUCAGGCAGCCAGAUGGGUGUUUAAUUAACUCCUCUGUUAAUGAGGGCUUUCCCCUGUUUCAGAUAUCCCACGUGCAAAACGUAAUGCCUACCUCAAAGAGCUGUUGCCACGAUUAAUGUGUUUGAAGGGAAAUGGUACCGUGGGUGAUUUGGCACACAGCACUGUGCUGCUGUUUACAACUGUGGCCAUAAGUGCAACCUUUGUCCUUAGCAAGCCCUGCAGGUCCACCUCGUCCUGCUGCUCCCUGCUUCUGCCUCGGUGGGGCUGAGCAUGGACACAGUGCACUGCAGAGGGCUCCCACUGAGGGUGGGUGUCACAUCAGACAGAGCAGCAAUGCUGAGCCACCCGGCUGAAAUGUUUUUGGUUAGAAAAGGGCUUUUUUUUUUUUUUUAAUGGCUGUAGACAGAAUAGAUUGGCCUUAUGAAAGGUCUGAGGGAGACUCUAGCCCAGGGAGAUGCAGAAGCAGCACUCUGGGCUUGGUACCACUUCCCACAUGCCAAGAGUGAAGCUGAAUGCUGGCACACAGUGCACUCUUGGGCACUCAGUGCAGGUCCAUGUUGUUCCUGGGCUCCAUGCAUCCUUCUGUUGGGGAUGGGAGGGAAUAACAACCCUGGUUGCCCCAUCAGUACAUGAGGCCAUAGAUGUUUGCUGCAGAGUUGCAGACACAGCCUCGUUCACUUCACUGUAAGGCUGGCCAGUUUGUUUGGAUCCAAGUAAUCAGGGGUGCGGGGCAGGGGGUGAAACACCACAGCUUUUAAUAUGAAUUUACAACCCCUGAUUUAACUAAAUAGCUGAAAUGCUGUUGAGUUUUCCAUUCCUUGGUCAGCUCUUUGUUAUACCAGCUCUGGGCAGCAGUGCCAGUGCUUCUUUAUUACCUGAAGCGCUCCCACUGGGAGCCAAAUCAAGCAAGAAGCUGAGCUGUUUGAUCCUAAGCCUAACUCUGACUUGUGUCUGCCAGGUUCCUGCAUGCUACUGGCUUGAACAUUUUCUAGCUUGUUUGUAAUGGUGACCCUUAUGCGUAAUUACUUCUCUUCUGGAAGGCUAAAUUGGUAUUGUGUGACACGUGUUGGCUUUUAAUGACAUCAACAUCCACUUCCAAGCUAUCGGCUACGUAUCCAAGCUACAUAUAGAUUCAACAGGCAUUAUUAUUAUUAUUAUUUCUAGGAAGUAGUGUUACUUUCUGUCCCUCGCAGCUGUCUGGUUUUAUAUAUCGGGGUCCUGAUUUCUCUCAGCCAAAAAAGAAGGGGGGGAGAUAAGAGAACCACGGAGCUAUUCUUGAAGAGCACCCCCAGCAAAAGGCCAGGUGCUCCACACCAUGUUACUUGACAACAAAUCUGAUGCUAAAAACGUUCUUAGUUACAGUAUUUGUAAAAACUAAAGGAAUAAGACAGUCUUUGUAAAAGCUGUACAUUUCUGUAUGUUGGGAAUAAAAAAGGAAACCUCUCUGAA